AUGCACUGCCAAAUCCCCAAUGUGAGUCUUCAACUUCUCCACAAAACAAUCCACACCACAUCUUCUUUCUAUCUCUCUCCAAAACUCAACCUAAACCAGCACCAACUGGCCUCAACAGCCACCACCAAACAAACCCAGAUUCAAAAACCCGACUCGUACAACGUCAAGUUCACGACUCUCGAAGCAUGCCAGCUCAGCAUCUCGAGAUACCCGAAUUUCGAUUACAAUGCCAAGGGAGGCUCGGGUUUUGGGAUGGCAUCUAAAAUAGCCGAAUCAAAUGACCAAAUUUCCGUUGAUUUCGACGUGAACGGAUUGUAUAUACCGCCGUUAUCAACAGCCACUACAAAGUUCCUAGGGCUGCCCUUACCGCCCUUUUUGAAAAUCGACAUACUUCCUGAGACCUUUCAUGGAAGCAUCGACCGGGAUUCUGGCAAGGUCGAGCUCAAGUUCAGGGCCAGAUUCUGCUUUUCUGUUGGGACUGUGUAUAAGGCUCGGCCGCUGCUUGUGGAUACGGUUUUAACAUCGGAAGAAUGUAAAGGGGAGAUUAUUAGAGGAGGAAAAGGGGAGAGGCUUGGAAAAGAUGGGAUGUGCAGGCUAAUAGGGACCACCAACCAAAUAAUGCACUGCCAAAUCCCCAAUCUGAGUCUUCAACUUCUCCACAAAACAACCCACACCACAUCUUCUUUCUAUCUCUCUCCAAAACUCAACCUAAACCAGCACCAACUGGCCUCAACAGCCACCACCAAACAAACCCAGAUUCAAAAACCCGACUCGUACAACGUCAAGUUCACGACCCUCGAAGCAUGCCAGCUCAGCAUCUCGAGAUACCCAAAUUUCGAUUACAAUGCCAAGGGAGGCUCGGGUUUUGGGAUGGCAGCUAAAAUAGCCGAAUCAACGGACGAAUUUUCCGUUGAUUUCGACGUGAACGGAUUGUAUAUACCGCCGUUAUCAACAGCCACUACGAAGUUCCUAGGGCUGCCCUUACCGCCCUUUUUGAAAAUCGACAUACUUCCAGAGGCCUUUCAUGGAAGCAUCGACCGGGAUUCUGGCAAGGUCGAGCUCAAGUUCAGGGCCAGAUUUUGUUUUUCUGUUGGGACUGUGUAUAAGGCUCGGCCGCUGCUUGUGGAUACGGUUUUAACAUCGGAAGAAUGUAAGGGGAAGAUUAUUAGAGGAGGAAAAGGGGAGAGGCUUGGAAAAGACGGGAUGUGCAGGCUAGUUGGGGUGGCAAAAGUCGAGCCUAUUAACGAUAUUUUCAUGGAUACGUUCCUUGCACUUCCUACCGAGUGCUUAGCAGUUUUGAAUGCAACAAUCUCAUUCUCGAGCAGCACAACAUAG